AUGACCAGGACCGCGUCGCCCGAGACCGCGCAUGCAGACUCGGCCGUCCCUGGGCCUCUACGCGACGACCAAGACGCGUCGGCGAUCAGUGAAGCCGCCACGAACAACUUUGCCAUCACGAGAGAAUCCUCAUCCGAACUCUCCGAGCUCUCAGACCUCGAGCCCGCAGCAAACGGCUUCCUCGACCUUGCCCCACAACCAGAAUCACCAACACAAGACGACGCCGAUGCCGACGAUGGCCCUCCAUCCAAGAGGCGACGCCUCCACGAGUCUACGCCGCCGCCGUCCGCUGCCCGCAUCAACGGCAAGAAACUCGAGUCUCCGCCAUGGAAAAAGGCCGGCGCCGAGGGCCCAACCUCCUUCACGGAGAACGGCAGGCGCAAAUCUGGCCGCAUCAACCUUGCUCUCCUAGAUUCCCAAUCUCCUCCGGCGUCCCGCAAAUCAAGACAGCCGCGUGCGAGCCCAGUAGUCAAGAAGACACAAGUCACGACAAACGGACAUGCGACGACCAAGCAGAAGCAGGCUGCCGCGGCCAGGGGCACGCCCAAGAACGCCAGCGGCAGGACCACUUCAUCCAAGGCCUCUGCGCAGCCUGGUAGAACCUCAAACCGAACCCCCUCCUCUCGAAUCUCCCGAAAACGAACACCCUCGCCGUCCUCCCAUCCCACUAGGCACUCGACGCGCACGCGAAGACCUACACGUGGCUCCGUCGACGAAGAUGCCUCGUCUCCGAUUCAGGAGUCGCUACGCUCCACCAAGUAUCGACCGCGAGGCACGAUCCCACUCGUCCACCCUUUGCAAAUGAGCAAGAGACCCAAGAUCGGACCGAGCUUUGAAGAAUACUGGGCCAAGGCCACCCAAAUACCCCUCCAAGAUGGCGGCUACCUCGCCGCCGAGGAGCAAUACACGGAUACCAUGGCCGAGGAGGAUGCGCGGACAAUACUGCGAAUCGAAAAUGCUGUGGAACCAGGAGGCAUCUUGUCCGAAGGGCGAUGUACCGCCUUCGUUCCCGAACCCGAAGAAGAGCCACCUCGUCAAUGGGCGCACCAGGAUCACAUGGUCAAGGCAGCGACCAACUUUCGGAAGCUCAUGUUGGCGGAACGACAGCGACACAAAACACAAGCGAAAAGGCUGGCCGAGGCCUGUCGAGACGCAUGGCUACGCCGGCAGCCCAAAUCCGCAGAAGUGCUCGAGGCUGAGGCGAGAGACUACUGGAUCACGCGGUACCGUAUCGUGGCCAAGGUCAUGCACGGGACGUGGGAGAACGUGCGAGCCGAGAUCAACAGGAGGAGGCUACAACAAUGGGAGGUGGAAGAGCAGCGGCGUGUCAAGGCUGCUCUGAACGAAGCAGUCAGCCUGUCCGAGCAGAAGCUACAGGCCCAGCGCGGCCAGAUCGGUAGCGAUGAGGACGAGGAAGACGACGAGGACAUCGACGAGGAGGACUCGGAGAACGACUUGGCUGCUACUGACGACGAAAACGCCAUGGGACAUGACAGCGCAUCGUCGAUGGAUGCCGACGACGACGACUCUGGAGACGAUGACGUCAUGUCUUCAUCUGACGAAGACGAUGAGCCGGCGAACGACUCUCUGGUGGAUGCUGCAGACGAAACCCUUACGCAAGAUCAACUACGGGCGAAGUACUCGAAUAUUCCCGACUUGGUCAAGGAAGACGAAGACAAAAUAGCUAAUGGGAUAAGGACAAGCCCCGGCGCGACCACGAGUGGAGACGGAGGGAGCGACUCGACCGAUGAAUCAAUCGACAUGGACGACGACAUGGGCUCCAGUGAUGAAGGCAGCGACGAGGAUGAUGAUGACGACAUGGAGACUGGGUCGGGUUCGGAAGGGGAUUCCGAUGCAGGGGAACCUGCGAACCUUCUAGGGCUCUUUUUCGACAAGAAAGAGCUGCAACAGAUGCAAGAAACCCCGGAAGGCGAGACGGAAGAUCAAUCAGAACUGCCGUCUGAGCAGGAUGACAAGAAGAAAGCGCUCGAAACACCAAUCAAGCCGCGGGACCUGCCACUGCCUGCAUGGGACUCUGGGAAGAAGCAUGAUGUUUCGUUGGCCUUGCACGACGACCUGGAAGACGAGGAUGACGAUGAACCUGAGCUGGUCACAAUCCCACCGUCAGACCCAGUCACAGGCGACGAUACUCCUGAUGUGGGCGACGGCGAGCGACCAACUACCAACGGCCAUGUUGAGACUGCAGUAGUCGACGAGCCUGUGACCAACGGCAUUGCACACAGUCUCGUGGCUACACCGGAUGCGACAAUAGCUCCAUCCCAAGACGUUGACAUGACCGAUGCGCCGGUGCUUCUGGAAUCUCUCCCAGAGCUUGCCAUCACAUCUCCGCAGUCUACGCAAGCUAAACCCACAAUUUCUGGUGCAGAUACGAUCAUGGCGCCGCCAGAGUCUGGGAAGCCCACUUCGUCACCCACACCCGACUCAAAGCAGUCAGAAGCCGACUCGGCAGCACUCAUCCCGGCAUCCAAGGACGACACGAGUAGAUCUGUGUCGCCCAGUCCAGCAUCAGCUGCAAAGACCGAAGUUCCCUUCCUCCUUCGCGGCACUCUUCGAGAGUACCAACAUUUUGGCUUGGAUUGGUUGGCAGGUCUUUAUGCCAACAACACCAAUGGUAUCCUCGCUGACGAGAUGGGCCUGGGCAAGACGAUCCAGACAAUCGCGCUACUGGCCCAUCUCGCGUGUCAUCAUGAAGUCUGGGGCCCGCACUUGGUUGUGGUGCCGACGAGUGUCAUGCUCAACUGGGAGAUGGAGUUCAAGAAGUUCUUGCCUGGCUUCAAGAUUCUGUCCUACUAUGGCACACAGGAGGAGCGGAAGCGGAAGCGCCACGGAUGGAACAAUGACGACGUGUGGAACGUCUGCAUCACUUCUUACCAGCUUGUCCUUCAAGACCAGCAGGUCUUCAAGCGCCGAAAGUGGCACUACCUCAUCCUCGACGAGGCGCACAACAUCAAAAACUUCAAGUCUCAGCGAUGGCAGACACUGCUGGGUUUCAACACGCGCGCCCGACUGCUGCUCACAGGCACGCCGCUGCAGAACAACCUGACCGAGUUGUGGUCGCUGCUCUUCUUCCUUAUGCCGUCGGAGAAUGGUGUUGGUGGUUUUGCCGAUUUGCAGGAGUUCCAUGAUUGGUUUCAUAAGCCAGAGUCUCAGAUUCUCGAGAGCGGCCGCGAAACCAUGGACGAGGAAGCGCGGGCGAUUAUUUCCAAGUUGCACAAGGUUUUGAGACCGUACCUGCUUCGGCGACUCAAGGCCGAUGUUGAGAAGCAGAUGCCCGCCAAGUACGAACACGUCGAGUUCUGCCGCUUGUCAAAGCGGCAGAGGGAACUCUACGACGGCUUCUUGGCUCGGGCUGAUACCCGUGACACCCUGGCAUCCGGCAACUACAUGUCCAUUAUUAAUUGUUUGAUGCAGUUGCGGAAAGUGUGCAAUCAUCCAGACCUUUUCGUCGAUCGGCCCAUCAUGACCUCCUUCCGAAUGCAAAAGAGCGUUGCUGCCGACUACAACGACACGAACGAGUUUCUACAGCGGACAAUCCUGGCGCAGGAUGCCAUGAAGCUCGUCAGUCUCGGCGUGGUCAAUCUGAUCCCCACGCAACAUGAAGGGCUUUCCAACACCGUUGCAGAGCGCAUCUCUCAGUUGAGCUUGCAUCGAGUACUGCUGGACCUCCGGGAAGCCCAAAAUGCGCGCGCGCACAUGGCUCGUACCAACCUCGACCCUUCAACCGCUGAGUCCAAUCUGGUCUAUCUUGAAAGCCUCGGCAGAUGGCGACGUUUCGAAGAGCUGCAACAUUGCGUGUACCUCAACGCCCUCCGCGGACAACGCCGUCCGAUAUAUGGCAAGCGAUUAGUCCAGUUCCUGACCUUGAACCUGCAACAGCGGCCUCGUAAGCCCCGCCCCAGGGUUGCGAAGAACAUCCUCAACUGGUUUGCUGAGGACUCAGGAUUCCUGCGCGCGACAAUCCACAGCAUGGACGACAGGGUAGCGUCCAUGGAAACGACGAUUCAAAAGUUUGCGUGCGUGACGCCAUCGGUCAUCACGCGAGACAUGACUGAAAUCGUACUCGGCAAGCGAGCCAUCGACGCGUUCACCGAGGCCGACCUCAGUCUCUCCGCACCAGUGCGCUGGGCGCCGUUCAUGCAGAAACAGGCACCGCACGACCCAUGGCACGAGGCUAGGAUGCGGUUGAGUAUUCAGUUCCCCGACAAGCGUCUCCUUCAGUACGAUUGUGGCAAACUUCAGGCACUUGACAAGCUGCUUCGCAAGCUCCAGGCUGGCGGCCAUCGUGCGUUGAUCUUCACGCAGAUGACCAAAGUUCUCAACAUUCUUGAGCAGUUCCUUAACAUCCACGGCCACAAGUACCUGCGGCUCGAUGGCGCUACCAAGGUCGAGCAGCGACAGAUCCUCACGGACAGGUUCAACAACGACCCGCGCAUCCUCUGUUUCAUCCUCUCAACCCGGUCGGGCGGCCUGGGCAUCAACCUGACCGGCGCCGACACGGUCAUUUUCUACGACCAAGACUGGAACCCUGCCAUGGACAAGCAGUGUCAGGACAGGUGUCACCGUAUCGGCCAAACACGCGACGUGCACAUUUACCGGCUCGUCAGCGAGCACACGAUCGAAGCCAACAUUCUACGCAAGGCGUCGCAGAAGCAAAUGCUCGACGACGUCGUCAUUCAGGAGGGCGAAUUCACGACAGACUACUUCCGCGAGAAGAUGACAGUGCGCGACGCCGUGGGCGAGGACGCCGAGCUUGUCAACGACGGCAACGCCGCCGCCAACGCGGCCAUGGACCGUCUCCUCGGCGGCGGCGCCAACGGCAGCGAGUCGCGCAACGUCGGCGAAGUGCUCGAGCUUGCUGAAGACAAGGAGGACGUCGCCGCCGCCAAGGCGGCCGAGAAGGAGAUUCAGGCCGACGACGCCGACUUUCAGGAGAAGACGAGCAGCGUCAACUCGGGCGCAUCAAGUACGAGGCAGGGCACGCCCCGCGACGACCCGUCCGCGGAUGCGCCGGGCACCGGCCCCGGCCCCUCGGGUCUCGGACGGUUCUCCGAGUCGGCGGCGCCCGAUGCAUCUGGCGUGCCAGCCGAGGUGGAGACGAACGCGUGGGGCGAGCGCAUGCGCACCAUUGACGAUUACAUGCUGCGCGUCAUGGGCGAGCAGCUCAAGGGGACGGUGCUCGAGCUGCCGAAGGACAAGAAGAAGGGCAAGAAAAAAAAGGGUAAAGACAUGCGCAAGCGAUGA